CUAGUGAAGAUUCUGAAAGAAUUCGGUAGUGAAAGAAAAAUGGCCGCUCCACUAAAUCCAGGAGAACGCUGCAAGUUUAUCCUGCUGUGCGUUUUCCUGGGGACGCUGUGGGCGACCGGGAUAGGGCAGAUUCUCUAUUCCGUGCCUGAAGAGACAGACAAAGGCUAUGUCGUGGGCAAUAUCUCCAAGGAUUUAGGCCUAAAGACAGAGGAGUUGGCAGAGAACAGAAUCCGCAUCGUCUCCAGAGGUAAGACCCAGCUCUUUGCUCUGAACCCGAAAAGCGGCAGCUUGAUCACAGCGGGCAGGAUAGAUCGAGAGGAGCUUUGCACGCAGAGCGCACGAUGUGUUGCAAAUAUAAACAUUCUGGUUGCGGACAGGGGAAAACUUUUUGGAAUAGAAAUAGAAAUAACUGAUAUCAACGACAAUACCCCAAAAUUCCAGACUGAAAAUCUGGAAGUAAAAAUUAACGAAAUCGCUGCGCCUGGAACACGUUAUCCCCUCCCAGAAGCUGUUGAUCCCGACGUGGGCAUAAACUCCCUCCAGAGCUACCAGCUCAGCCCCAAUCGCCACUUCUCCCUGGACGUGCAGACUGGAGAUGAUGGAACUAUAAGCCCAGAGCUGGUGCUGGAGCGCGCUCUGGACCGCGAAGAAGAGGCUGCUCACCACCUGGUCCUCACUGCGUUCGAUGGCGGCGACCCACGUCGCUCCAGCACAGUGCGCAUCCAUGUGACAGUGCUGGAUACCAAUGACAAUGCUCCGGGUUUUGAUCAACCGGUUUACCGAGCGAAAGUCCCAGAGAACGUGCCCUGGGGCACCCGACUGCUAACUGUCAAAGCUACCGACCCGGAUGAGGGAACCAAUGGAAAAGUGGCCUAUAAAUUUUGGAAAAUUAAUGAAAAGCAAUCUCCGUUAUUCCACCUUAAUGAAAAUACCGGGGAAAUAUCAACAGCCAAAAGUCUAGAUUAUGAAGAGUGUCCUUUUUAUGAAAUGGAAAUACAGGCUGAAGAUGUUGGGGCCCUCUUAGGGAGGACUAAAGUGCUCAUUUCUGUGGAAGAUGUAAAUGACAAUAGACCCGAAGUGAUCAUUACCUCUUUGUUUAGUCCGAUCUUGGAAAAUUCUCUUCCUGGGGCAGUAGUUGCCUUCUUGAAUGUGCAUGAUCGUGACGCUGGAAAGAAUGGUCAAGUCGUCUGUUCCAUACCUGAGGAUUUGCCUUUUAAGUUAGAAAAAUCAAUAGAUAAUUAUUAUAGAUUGGUAACAUGGAAAUAUUUGGACAGAGAAAAAAUCUCUUUGUACAAUAUUUCGGUGACGGCCUCAGAUCUAGGAGCCCCUCCUCUGUCCACUGAAAUUCACAUCGCUUUGCACGUGGCAGAUACCAACGACAAUCCUCCAGCUUUCCCUCAUUCCUCCUACUCAGCCUAUAUUCCAGAAAACAACCCCAGAGGCGCUUCGGUCUUCUCAAUAACUGCACGCGAUCCAGAUAGCGAAGAGAAUGCUCGGAUCACUUACUCCCUUACUGAAGAUACCGUUCAGGGGGCACCUAUCUCUUCCUACAUCUCCAUCAAUUCUGACAAUGGCGUGCUCUACGCACUCCAAUCCUUCGACUAUGAGCAGAUACGAGACCUGCAGCUACAGGUGACUGCCAGCGACAGCGGGGAUCCACCGCUCAGCAGCAACGUGUCGCUCAGCCUGUUCAUUCUGGACAAGAACGACAAUGCACCCAAAAUCCUGUACCCCGCUUUUCCCACGGAUGGUUCUACUGGUGUAGAGCUGGCUCCCCGCUCUGCAGAGCCCGGCUACCUCGUAACCAAAGUGGUGGCGGUUGACCGCGAUUCAGGACAGAACGCUUGGCUAUCCUACCGCUUGCUCAAGGCCAGUGAGCCUGGGCUCUUCACAGUAGGGGUGCACACAGGCGAGGUACGCACAGCUCGAGCCCUGCAGGACAGAGAUGCUCUCAAGCAGAGUCUGGUGGUGACUGUCCAGGACCACGGUCAGCCCCCCCUCUCGGCUACCGUCACGCUCACAGUGGCCGUGGCGGACAGCAUCCCCGACAUCCUAGCUGACCUUAGCACCCUCGAAUCUCCCGCCAACACAGACGUCUCUGGCCUCACAAUGUACCUGGUGGUGGCUGUGGCCGCUGUCUCCUGCGUCUUCCUCGUUUUUGUCAUUGUGGUGCUGGCGUUCAAACUGCGGCGCUGGUACUCGUCGCGUCUGUUCCAGGCUGCGGUAGGCGAGUUGGCGGGUGUGCCCACAUCAAACUUUGUGGGCAUCGAUGGGGUACAGGCUUUCCUGCAGACCUAUUCCCACGAGGUCUCUCUCACCGCAGACUCAGGGAAGAGCCACGUUAUCUUUCCUCAGCCUAAUUACGCAGACACUCUCCUCAGUCAAGAGAGCUGUGAAAAAAAUGAUCCUUCGUUAACAUUCAUAGGCUAUCCUGAACCUAAGGAUGAAGCUGCUUGUGUUGAGCCGCAGAGCACUUUCCAGGGCAACCCAUUUCAGACUUGCUACCGCGAGCGUUUCAACCACUUCUUCUUCUAA